AUGUCCACAUUCAUGACGACAUGCCCUAUUCCAUUUAAUACUACUCAAAAAUCUGGUAUUCCUGAAGAUGCUUUAACCAAACGUUCACAGGUCAUUAAGAAUAAGAAGAACAACAGUAAUGUCAAGAACUUUAUGGCCGUGCCACCUACUCCUCCCGAUGAACCCAUAAUUGUACCAUCCCAAAAACGUACAGUUACUUUCCAACUUCCCCCCGAAGUACUCGCUUACGAUACGCCCGAAGAACUAUAUCUGCCAUUAUCCCCUUCACCACCACCCGAACUCGAAUGUAUUGAAUUAUCAAAAGACGUUCUAGUUCCUCUAAUGGAACGCGAUAAAGAUGUGCGGGAACUUGUAACUAAAAACAAGACAUUUUUCGAUACAGUAAAGUCAAGUUUCGGUUCUGAAGAGAAAUGGCAAGAGUUCAACAAAAUCUUGCAUGCUCCUCGUGUUGAGAUGUGCGAUAAUUUGUGGAUGAAUUCCCUAACUGAGUAUCUAUGUCAUAAUCCAGCGUUAUUGCAAAAGUUCAAGUACAUCGUCGGGUACUUUGAAAGUGGAUACAAUGAUGAUGACUCCAACAUCGAAACAGGAUAUUCGCUAUCGUGGUCGCAAAACGAAUACACCGACAUCACGCUAAUAAGAGCUUAUGCAGAAAAACUACACCGGUUUGAGGAGUCAUAUCCGCAAUUCUUUGUCAAAGCACAUGAAUGUCUGUCACAAGAGAAGCGAUCUAUAUUGAAAAGGAAGAAAGAAUGCAACAUGGAAUAUGACCUGUUUGGUGAGUUUAAGGAGAUUUUUUUUGCCGAUCGGAGCGUGUUGGAAGAUGAUGAUUGGGAGAUGCAAGUGUAUGAUUGUCUUGAUAAUUGGCCUGAUUUGGCGAUGGAGUUGGAACGUAUAAUUGAGUAUGAAGCUCAGGACAGUGAUGUCGAGGACGACAACACUGAGUCUUCGGAUGAUGAUGAGGAGUAUUUUUAUACAAGUUGA